CUCACUUCGCUGCUUCGUCCCGUUUGUUUUGUUCACUCUAUUUACUAACAACAUAGUAAAACAUAAACGUAAAAUUUCAUCUGGAAGUGCCCUGGACGCUUUUUGCAAUGGCAUCUUCCCACAAAGUUUGCCGGCUGUGUUUAGUUGGCAUAGAUCCCCAAGAAGUGUCCCAGUUGAACAGCAAUCAACAGCUUACCAAAUCUAUACUUCAUAUCACAGGAAUUGAGGUUGCCUCAGACUCCGGUCAGCAUGAGUAUCUCUGUAAUCGGUGCGAAUCCGAGCUGGGACAGUGCGUCCAAUUCCGUACGACCUGCAUUCAUAAUAAUGAUAUUUUCAAAAAGAUGCUCCACGAAGGGAAGACUGAUCCUUUACCUGUGGCGACACAACAGCAAGAAAAUGUCGAAGUGGAAUUUUUAAAAGUAGAAGUAGACAUUGCCGAUGAAUUUCAUGAAAAGCAAUCGAAUUCCGACCCCCAGGACAACGAUGAUGGGAUGGAUUCGCACUCAGAUGUUGAGAAUGAAGACGAAGGGCUAAUCGAACCGAUGGUGGAAGAAAAGGUGAAAGAACCUCGCACAAGAAAGAAGCGGAAAAGUAAAACGGAUAACGAUGUUCCUAAAACCAAGAAAAGCUAUUGGAAAUCGCGCAAAAAUGCACACAAAGUUCAGUGCCAGCAGUGUGGCGCUAUGAUUGCGCACUACAAUCUUAAAAGCCACCAGGAGAUUCACAACCCGAACCGGAGGAAGUUAACUUGCCCGCACUGUCCGAAGGAAUUCAUCUGCAGGAAGACAUACAAAAUACACGUGAAUGCGAUCCACACGCAGGAGAUUAAAUAUACUUGCGAUAAGUGUGGGAAGGUUUAUCUCCGGCCACAUUCCCUCAAGGAGCACAUCCUGGCGUCGCAUACGGAUGAGAAGAGGUACCAAUGCAAACAAUGUGGCGAGCGGUUCCCCCGGUCGGCAAUGCGAAAUCACCACGAGAAGAAGGUCCAUUCCACGGCGAGGCCUUUUGCUUGCGAGUACUGCGAUAAAACCUUCAAAUUCAAGACCGAUUUCACCGUCCACACCAGGAUACAUACCGGGGAGAAACCGUACAAGUGUGACAUCUGCGGAAAAUGUUUCAACAAGAGCUACAACGUAGUCAUACACAAAAAGUCGCAUCGGAAUGAUUAGAAUUUGCCCGGUAAAGUGGGAGUUAUCAGUACUUGAGCGGUUUUAUUUGGAAGCGUUUUUAUUUAUUGAUGCAAUUUUAAAUAUGUAAAUGAGAAAUUUCGCGUCUUUCUGUUCAUGUCUGUUAAGUAUAUUCUGAGAAAAUAUAUUAUUAUUCGGGUUCAAAUGCUUUACAA